GCAGUUUCCAGGAUGUGGGAACAUUGUGACAUUCUCCCAGUUCCUGUUUAUAGCAGUGGAAGGAUUUAUCUUUGAGGCCAACUUUGGGAGGAAGAGACCAGCCAUACCCAUAAGGAACUAUUUCAUCAUGGUGGCUAUGUUCUUCACCGUCAGUGUGGUCAAUAACUACGCCCUGAACCUCAACAUUGCGAUGCCACUGCACAUGAUCUUCCGCUCGGGUUCUCUCAUAGCAAGCAUGGGCCUAGGCAUCAUCAUUCUGAAAAAAAGGUACAGUGUGUCCAAAUACACCUCCAUAGCUCUGGUGUCCUUGGGGAUCUUCACCUGCACUUUCAUGUCUGCAAAGCAAGUGGCAUCUGACUCCAGUGCAGAUGAUGAGGACGGACUCCAGGUGUUCCUGUGGUGGCUGCUGGGUAUUGCUGCACUCACCUUUGCCCUCCUGAUGUCUGCCAGGAUGGGGAUCUUCCAGGAGACACUGUACAAGCAGUUUGGGAAGCAUUCCAAAGAGGCUCUGUUCUACAAUCAUGCAUUACCUCUCCCUGGCUUUCUGCUGCUUGCCCCGAACAUCUACCACCAUGCAGUCCUCUUCAACCAGUCUGAGCUGUUCCAGGUGCCAGUGAUCGGCCUGACCCUGCCAAUCAUGUGGUUCUACCUCUUCAUGAACGUCAUCACUCAGUACGUCUGCAUCCGCGGCGUCUUCAUCCUGACCACGGAGUGCACCUCCCUCACCGUCACGCUCGUGGUCACACUGCGCAAGUUCGUCAGCCUCAUCUUCUCCAUCCUCUACUUCCACAACCCCUUCACAGCCUGGCACUGGCUGGGCACUGCCUUUGUCUUCGUGGGGACUCUGAUGUACACCGAGGUGUGGAAGAGCCUGGGGCCCUUCCUGGCUCGCUGGAGGAAGAGGCCAAAGGAGGAGUGA